AUGGCUCAGAAGCAGAUAGCCUCGACGCCCUCCGCGUUGGUAGCAGCUAAGGACGGUGCAACAGGCGAGAAGCAAAACCUAGCGGACUAUGAGCGCAGACUCCACGAUCUGGAGGGCAGGCUGGCCCAAAACGCACUGGAGCGGCGAGUGCUGCGCGAAGACAAGGACGUGCUGACAGCUCAGCUCGGAGAGCUGCGCGCCAAGUACCGCGAACUGUUCGACAACGAGCUCUCACUGCGCACUGAGCUGCUGGCAUGCGAGCAAGAGAAGCUGGCGCUGAGCAAGGCGUUCGUCGCCUUUCAACUGGAGCGCGACACUCAGGUGCAGCAGCUCGACAGCGACAAGUUCGAGGUCGAGACGCGGCUGCUCAAGGCCGAGCAGCUCGUUGUGGAGAUCCAGCAGGACGACACCACCAAGGCCGCACAGAUCCAGGAUCUGUGCGCCAAGAUGAACGAGCUCGUGGCUGACAAGACCCGACUCGGAGGCGAGUUAACUCUGCUGCAAAAGGCGGUUCGAGCUGCCGAGAGCGCGCUUAACGCGGAGGCCAAGAAGAACCAGCAGCUCAGCCUCGAGCUCAUCGUGGCGGUGAACCAGAAGCAGAAGUGUCAAGGCGAGAUGGAAGCGCUCGCCGCUCAGUUGCGCUCACGCCAAGCUCAAGUCGACGCGCAGUUGAAAGAGUGCACGCAGCUUCGGUCGGACAACGAGGCGCUGCGUCAAAGUGCCGCCGAGUAUGACGAGAAGCUCGAGGCUAUGCGCAAGGACGUUGUGCGACGAGAGUUAGAGCUGGAGCGCGCGGAGCUGGCGGUUAAGAAGGAGCAGCUUGAGACGCAGCAGGCUGGACGAGAUGCUGAUAGCAAACAUGAACGCUCAGUUAAGCAGCUGAGUGACGAGCUGGUAACCCAACGCGCAGCAUUUGCAGCGGACAAACGCUCACUAGAGCUGCAACUGGAGCGAGUUCAACACGAUCUGGCUCGAGAAACUCGAGACAAACAGCAAGCGAUGGCGUCUUUAAAGGCCAAACAUGAGGAGAACGAAGAACUGCUGCUGGCUUUGGAGCGCGCGCGGCAUGACGCGCACGCGCAACUCGAGACGUUCCGAUUGAAGCUCGCGCUGCUUCAGCAGUCGAGCAACAAUGUCGAAGGAGCGGGCGAGUCUGCUUCUGGUGCUGGACUUCAAGCGUUGAGGGAGCUGCUGGUCUCAUACCAAAUGCGCGAAAGAGAACUGCGGGACGAACUCAGCAGCGCACGAAGCGCGAGCGUGCAGCAACAAGUAGCGUCGGAGAUGAAGCAGCGGACAGAGCAAGCGCUGGCGCUGGCAGAGCUUGAAGCGCGGAAUGUAGCUCUACCUCAAACCAGCUCGAAUAAUCCAUCAGACGCCAGUGAGCUGGAGUCGCUUCGGGCAGCCAAAGCUCAACUCGAAUCGCGGUUAUCAAGCAGCAAGGCUCAGUGGAUGGCGCUUCUGGAGCAGGUGGAGCGACGCUGUGCCGAGCUGUUCACCAAGAACGUCAUGCUCACCGAGGACAACGAGAAUCUCCGGCAACAUCUCACCAAGGCGCGCAUGAAAGCUCCUCGAUGA